AUGGCUUUCAGGCUUGAGCUUGACUGCUCCGAACUUGCCAGAGCAAAAGAAAAGGAGGUUAACUUUCUUGAGUCGUCUUUUUUCAGAGGCAACAAGAUCCUUCCGAAACCUUCGGAAGUUACAGUUCAAUCUCCAAACUUCAACACUCGCCCUCGUCCAGCCCUAGCUAGAUUUGAGGCUUUAAAUCUCAUUGUCAAAUUUGGCUCGUCCGUGGCUAUAGAAGAAGCUUGUGCCUCCGUAUGUUAUUGA